CUCACCGCUAUGGCAUCGUGUCAAAUACCUAGACAUGCACACACGUUACGAAUACUAAGCAGAUAAAGAGUAAAAAAAAAAAAAAAAAAAGUUAAGCCAGGUGAGGAAAAUACUUCGCAGUUCGCAUCGCACCUCCACUAAGCUGCUGCAGCUGGAUUUUAAGACCAGAUUGCUUCCCAUCACAAUAAAUUGGGAAUUUGGCGCGAAAUGAAGGGUGCUAGAACAGGAACAACAGGAAGGAUGGAUCUGGAUGCAGGUCCCUCGGAAAAUACACAACGUUGGGCGAGGUUUGUAGCCACAUGCUUGAUUGGAGGGGUAGUGAUCGGGAUAUCACUACUGGGCUUACAUUUUGGGGCUCCUCAUCAGCCGUCGCUGAGGAUAUGGAGGAGGAAAAAGAAGCCCAUUCGCGUAUACAUGGAUGGAUGCUUCGACAUGAUGCACUACGGCCAUUGCAACGCCCUCCGUCAGGCUAGAGCCCUUGGGGACCAAUUGGUCGUUGGCGUCGUUAGCGAUGCUGAAAUAACCGCCAACAAAGGCCCUCCUGUUACUCCUCUUAACGAAAGGAUGAUUAUGGUCAAUGCUGUUAAAUGGGUUGAUGAGGUUAUUCCGGACGCGCCUUAUGCCAUAACUGAAGAUUUUAUGAGAAAGCUGUUUGACGAGUACAAGAUAGAUUAUAUCAUUCAUGGUGAUGACCCUUGUGUUCUACCUGACGGAAGUGAUGCUUAUGCACUAGCUAAGAAGGCAGGUCGCUACAAGCAGAUCAAGCGUACGGAAGGAGUUUCAAGCACGGAUAUUGUAGGUCGCAUGCUCCUCUGUGUAAGAGAGAGAUCUAUUAGUGACAAUCAAAAUCAUUCAUCAUUACAAAGACAAUUUAGUCAUGGUCACAGCCAAAAACUUGACGAUGGUGGAUCUGGAACUGGAACUCGCAUCUCUCAUUUCUUACCAACUUCUCGUAGAAUUGUUCAAUUUUCCAAUGGGAAGGGUCCAGGACCAGAUGCUCGCAUCAUUUAUAUUGAUGGUGCAUUUGAUCUUUUCCAUGCUGGACACGUGGAGGUUGAUGACGGGCUGUUGGAAUUGAAUGGGUGGAAUCUGAAAGGGGAAGCUAAGGUGGUGGGGAGUUGCACCUUCAAAGCUCUCUUAUGGCAUCUAUGGAAGGAGAGGAAUGCUAGAACUUUUGAAGAUAAGUCGUUGAGUUUUGGUUCCUUUUGUAGUUUAGUUCAAAACAUAUCAUCUUGGUGGAUUUCUUUAUAUACGUAAUUAUUUUAUAAUUAUAACCUCAUCAUGAUUUUUAACAUUUGAAAGACUAUUCGGUAUUUUUUUAUUUUUUUUUAUUUUGGGGGUGCGGGUCUCAACCCCUAUCCUUAGGUUCCUCUUUUUUGGGAAUAAACUUCUCUUUUGUUUCUAAUCCACAAAAAAAGGAAGAUACAAUUGAACUUCGAGUGAUUUAAUAGAUACAACUCCUAAAAUUUAGGGGUAUAAAUUGGUAUUUUUCCAAAUGUAUUUGAUGUUAACAAAUGUUAACUUAUAAAAUAAAAAAUACAUAAAGUAACAAAAGAUUAAUAUAAUUCAUUUAUUAGAAGUAAGAUUAAUGAUAUAUUAUCAUUAAAUUUUAUUUCCUGAUGUAUUUUUUUUAAAUUUUAAUAAUUUAAUUUAUGUUAAUUAAUAAUAAUUAGGUACAGUGAAAUGAUUGAUGAUUAAAUGGAAAUAAACCACAUCAGCUAAGAAAAUAGUAUGGUUUUUAAUUUUAAGAAAAUUUAUUUAUAUUUUAGGAAAAUUAUUUUAAAUGACAAAACUACUGAAAAUAUUUAUAAAUAAUAGUAAAUAUUAAGUCUAUCUGCGAUAGACUGCGACGUCUAUCGCAGAUAGAUAGUGAAAUUUUGCUAUAUUUGUAAAUAUUUUGAUUCAUUUUCCUAUAUUUGAAAACAAUCCCUUAUUUUAUUUGAUGGGUAAGAAACUACAUUUUGGUUGAGAGAAAAAGAAAGAACAUAGAAGGGUAACCCAAAAACAACAUCAACAAAAAGGAGUUUGAUCUUAACUACAUAAAAGGACUCAAAUAAAUAAAUAAUAAAAAAA